AUGAAAUAUCAUCCGCAUCCUUUAUCCUUGUCCUCGGACUUGGGGAGCGCCGAAAAGAUUGCAUCUCGUCUAAAACAAGACCAGCAACUGUGUCAUGAUAAUCAGCGACCGAGCAGCCUUGCCCUGCAGCUAUCCAAAGCACCACCAGAGCUCUUAAAUGAAGUAUCAUGGCAUCUCUUAACCCAAAAAGAGGUUUCUAAAGAGCUUCGAGUGGGCCGAUGCAAAAACAUUAUCGAAGGGAUCAAGGAGUACUUGGAUCAAGUUGACAAUCCCAGCGCAAACGAGGCAAAAGCGAUCGCUGCUCGUCUGAGGCAAGAUCAAGAGCUAUGCCGCCAAAAAAAGAUCCCUAGCACUCUCGCCUGUCGUCUGCCAGGUGCACAGUCUUCUCUCUUUGAAGCAAUUGCCUGGCAUCUCACACCUCACGUCGACGUGCCGAAGGCACUUCGAUCUAAACGAUGCGAGAGCAUCAUAGAAGGAAUCAAGGCUUAUAUUGGUCAACUAGACCGUAUCGAAGGUGACACCGAUAAGGACGCCUUGGUCGAUGGGACUGCACAUAUUCCCAAGAAUGAAGAAUUUGAGGCAGCGCUCAAAGUCCUGGAUUAUCUUCAAGCAAAUGAGUCGGCAUCGCAAAUCACGCUCUCGAGUCCAUUGACGGAAGUCGUUGCGGCCAUCCGAGCACAGAUCUCAAUGGACAGCAAUACCCGCAUUGAAUACGCCAAACAAGCACGCAGACCUAAAAGUGAAGAGCAAAAGGCGAAAGCCCGGCGAUGCUACAUGUGUCGCCAGACGUGCACCAUCCUCAACGUCCAUGACCUGUACCCCUCACUGUGCCGCCCAUGCGGGGCCUUCAAUCUCAGUUCUUCACAACUGUCACAACCUCAGAAGUUGAAUCUCACCGGAAAAAUUGCCCUUGUCACCGGUGGAAGAAUCAAUCUUGGAUACUAUACAGCUCUGAGGUUGCUCCGCUGUGGUGCAAAUGUGAUCGUGUCUUCUCGUUAUCCUGCUGAUGCAGCGGAUCGAUAUUCCAAAGAAGCCGAUUUCACGCAGUGGGAGUCCAGACUAAAGGUUGUCGGCGCUGAUUUCCGAACCGCGCAGGAUGCUUUCCGGCUGGUUCAUGUGGUGUCAGAGCUGUUGAGGUCCUGGAAUGGAGAAACCGGGUCGACGCAACGGAAAAACCUCGAUAUCCUGAUUAACAAUGCGGCGCAGACCUUGACGGAUGCAGUGAAAUCAGAAAUGAUGGCUAUAUCUCGUGAGCACCAGUUGAGGGAGCUCGCACCAACCAAGAAACUCCUAGUGGACUGUGCUGGCCAUGCCUAUCAGCCCAGGAUCAGGGGCGGCGCGGAAGAGUCUUGGAUUCCACGCAUCGAGAGCAGAGCCGAGAAACUGCAAAUCGACAAUGGAGAUAAGAAGGAAGAGAGUGCCAUUACUCAUAAAGGCCUCCGUACAACCGGCGAUCAAGACCCUAACAAGUCAUCAUGGGUGCAGUCUCUCCAAGAGAUCCCGUACGAAGAUCUCAUCACCGCACAUUCCGUGAACGCAUUUGUCCCACUGAUUCUGUGCCGCGAGCUUCUUCCUUGCAUGGGAACUGAUGACACCACAUCAGUCACCAAGCCACUGGGAUACAUCGUGAAUGUCUCUUCUCGAGAAGGUAUUCUCGAGGAUACGCCGAAGUCCCGCAGCAAAGCGGGCCAUCACGUCCACACGAACAUGUCCAAGGCGGCUAUCAAUAUGAUUACCGAGACAGAAGCGAUGCCGGCGUGGAGUCAUCGCCGCGUGGCUAUGAAUUCAGUGGAUCCAGGGUAUAUGAGUGCGGCUCCAGAGUAUCAGAGAGCCGAGGGAUGUCCUAUCGGCUUCGAGGAUGGCGCUGCUCGCGUACUAUGGCCGAUUGUUGUAGGAGAACGAGAAGGCAGGGUAAUUGCAGGUCGAUUUUUGAAGCAUUUCGAGCAAGGAGCAGCGGUGAUCAGGCGAGGAUAG